CCCCCAUCCCAACUCAGCCGCUCUCGGCUCGAACCCUAGCACCCACUUCCCCCCAAUGGAGGACCACCAGACCCAGGAUCUCGUCAAGGAGCUCGUCCUCCGCCUCGUCUCCGGCGAAUCCGGCGCCGGGGGACGCGACGCCGGCGGCGCGCUGCGGUUCGCGCACCGGCUCCUCUCGAGCCGCCUCGCCCCGGCCGUCCUCCCCGACGAGCACGCGCUCGCCGAGUCCAUCAAGCGCCGCCUCGCCGCCUCCGGCCGCCCCGACGACGCGCUCGCCUUCGCCGACCUCCACUCCAAGCUCUCUGCCCGAUCCCGCCCCGCCUCGCUCUGGCCGCUCCUCUACCUGCUCGACUCGCUCUCCUCCCACCGCCGCGGGGCCGCCGCCUCCUCCUGCCUCCCCAACCUCCCCACCGCCGCGCCGCCCACCACCGCAGGCGGGAAGCCAGCCUCGCGGGUGCCCGGCACGCCGCUCGGGGGCGGCGUGCUGCUGGUCUCCAAAGAUCCGGACAACAUCCGCGAGAUCGCGCUGCGGGAGUACACCGAGCUGGUGCUCGACGAGACGGAGGUCUCCGAGGCCGCGCUGGUGCGCGACGUGCUCUACGCCUGCCAGGGCAUCGACGGCCGCUACGUUCGCUACGACAAGGCCAGCGACACCUACGACCUGCCUGACGCCGUCCGCGUGCCGCGCUCCACCCGCACCCUGGUGCGCAAGCUCUGCGAGGUCGGCUGGCUGUUCCGCAAGGUGCGAGGCUUCAUUUCCGACAAUGUAAGCCGCUUGCCCUCUGAUUCCGCCACGGAGGUCGGCACUGUCGCUCAGGCCUUCUGCUCAGCUCUACAGGAGGAACUGUCCGAUUACUACAAGCUACUUGCGGUUCUAGAGUCAUACUCCUUGAACCCGAUUCCAACACCUGGAUCUGAUUCUGGCGUCUCAGGCAACUACCUGUCACUGCGGCGUCUUGUUGUGUGGCUUGCCGAGCCUGCAGUCAGGAUGCGCUUGAUGGCUGUCUUGGUGGAUGGAUGCCGUGGUCUGAGAGGCGGCGGAAUGGCUGGCGCGAUCCAUGGGCACGCGCAGCAUGGGGAUCCCAUGGUUCAAGAUUUUAUGGGCCGCUUGCUGCGCCGAGUGUGCUCGCCACUGUUUGAGAUGGUCCGGAGCUGGGUGCUUGAAGGGGAGCUGGAGGAUGUAUUCGGCGAGUUCUUCAUCGUUGGCCAGCCGGUGAAGGCUGAGUCUCUGUGGCGGGAGGGCUACCUUAUUCAGUCUGACAUGCUACCGACUUUCAUUUCGCCGGUGCUUGCACAAAGGAUUCUCAGAACAGGGAAGUCAAUUAACUUCCUUAGAGUCUGCUGUGAUGAUAAUGGUUGGGCUGAGGCCGCCACUGAGGCUGCAGCCUAUGUUGGCACCACAACCAGUCGAGGCGGGCUUGGUUAUGGGCAGAUUGAUGCUUUGGAGGCACUGGUGGUUGAAGCAGCCAAGAGGAUUGACCAGCGUUUGAUGGAUGUGAUCCAUAAGAGAUAUCGGUUUAAGGACCAUUGUCUCGCUAUCAAGAGAUAUUUGCUUCUUGGGCAGGGUGAUUUUGUUCAGUAUCUGAUGGAUGUUGUUGGUCCUGAGUUGUCAGAACCUGCCAAUAGAAUUAGCUCCUUCCACCUCGCUGGCUUGCUGGAGACUGCAAUACGUGCAUCUGACGCGCAAUAUGAUGACCGUGACAUCUUGGACCGGAUAAAAGUGAAGAUGAUGGAUCAUGGAGAUGGUGAUCGCGGCUGGGAUGUCUUCUCCUUGGAGUAUGAUGCCAGGGUCCCUCUGGAUACGGUGUUCACUGCUUCAGUCAUGAAGAUGUACCUCAAGAUAUUCAACUUCCUAUGGAAGCUUAAGCGCGUUGACCAUUCCUUGACUGGAGUCUGGAAGACCAUGAAGCCUAAUUGCAUCGUCUCUUCUCCAUUUUACAAGGAAGGAACAAGCAUCAGGGCUCAGUUUGUUUCAGUUCUUCGGAAAUGCCAAGUUCUGUUUAAUGAAAUGAACCAUUUUGUGACCAACUUCCAGUACUACAUUAUGUUUGAGGUCCUGGAGAUUUCCUGGGCUCGUUUCUCAGAAGAAAUGGAUGCAGCAAAAGAUUUAGAUGAUCUUCUCAUGGGACAUGACAAGUACCUCACCUCAAUUGUGGAGAAGUCUCUCCUUGGUGAGCGAUCCCUGGGAAUUUUGAGAAAUCUUUUUGCACUGUUUGAUAUCAUAUUACAGUUCCGCAGCCACGCUGAUAGGUGGUUUGAGAGGAUAUAUGAGUUGCAACUAAGGGGAAAGGGUAAAUCAAAAACGAAAUCCAAGGAAACAGGUUCAUGGUUGGAUGGAGGCAGAAAAGCCAUGAUUCAACUUGCUGGGGAACUUUUUCGGAAAAUGGGAGAAGACUUGGAUAGCAUCGCAAAAGAUUAUACAGCUUCUCUUGAUUCAUUUAUCUCCCAGUUGCCCCUCCAGCAGCAUGUUGAUUUAAAAUUCCUUCUCUUCCGUUUAGACUUCACUGAGUACUACAGCCGUGUUUCGUCCAGCAAAUGAGUGUGUGUUCCUAAUGUGGAAGUAGGAGUUAGAUUUUCCUUUUGGUUGGGAUUUGUGAGGGCAUUCUUUUGUACACCUUAGCCCCAGUGUUUGAUGUUUUUUUAAUUGAAAGGCAUUGGCUCAUUCAUGUUUCGUGGGUUUCCUCUUGAAGAUGCUUUAUUCACCCAUGCCAUGAAGUUGAAGGCUGCAUUACAAGAAAUGUUAGUGUACAGAGUUGAUAUGUGAACAUCUGCAUUCUGCAAAUGUACAGUACCUGCUUCUUUACUUGCAGCAAGUAUCGAUGUGAUACAUAUCAAAUGCAGGAGACAAGCAGCCCAACAUAGUGUGGCAUCAAUGAACCUUUAUUGGUGUCUUUCUGUCGACUUCACUGCCAAAGGAGUUGUAGUUACUGUGGAUUAUUGAGUGUGGUACUGGCCUUUGUCGUACCUGUGUAUCCACCUAUUAUUUUAGGAUGUAGACAACUA